GUGUGGGAUAAUCAGAAUCACAAGACGGAAAACACCGUCGUACAUUUCUCUCGUGUUAUUAAUCCGUCACUACUUCUAUAACAUCCACCAAUGACAAUUCAAAUUCCCAAAAAAAAAACUUACUAUAAAUAUUUAAUUUCCACGAAAAUGUUAUUAGCCAUAACCGAAAACGGUUACAGAAUAACCCUCUCUGUAUAGUCAAUCAAAUCUUCCUCUCUAUUUCCUUCCAACAUUUUUUUUGCCGCCUUAUUUUUCUUCCUCCGCCGUCAAUGACCACCGUCAAAUCAUUUCCACCGUCAUGUAGCACCACCAUGUUCAAAUGCCGACAAUCGCCAACGUCUCCGGAGAACCUAGGGUUUUCUAUGCUAUGUGGAAUCAAUGCCGCUAGAUCGUGCCGUAGUCGCAAAAGCUUGGCACUCGUCUAUGAUGGUGCGAAAUCGAAGCAAUACACCGGUGCUUCUUUGAUCGACGAUUCCGUCCGCAAUUGCUCGAGGAAAUCGUUGAAGCCGAUUAAGGCUAAGAACGAUUCUGAAUCGUCUUGCACGGAUAACACUGCUGCGUUUUCUGGUAAAAAUCUCCGCCAGAUGUCAAACAUUGGGAACUCGACAAACAUUUUGUGGCAUGACUGUCCUAUUCAAAAACGCGAUAGACAGCAGCUGCUUCAGCAAAGAGGUUGUGUUAUAUGGCUGACUGGUCUCAGUGGUUCAGGGAAAAGUACUCUUGCGUGUGCUUUGAGUCAAAGCUUGCACUCCAGAGGAAAACUGACUUACAUCCUUGAUGGUGACAAUCUUCGGCAUGGUCUAAACCGUGAUCUUAGUUUUAGAGCAGAAGAUCGAUCAGAAAACAUAAGAAGAAUAGGUGAGGUGGCAAAACUGUUUGCCGAUGCUGGUGUUAUUUGCAUCACUAGUUUAAUAUCACCCUAUCAAAAGGAUAGAGAUGCUUGUAGAGCACUACUGCCAGAAGGGGAUUUCAUUGAGGUUUUCAUAGAUGUGCCGCUACAUGUGUGCGAAGCUAGAGACCCAAAGGGCCUUUACAAGCUUGCUCGUGCAGGGAAGAUCAAAGGUUUCACCGGUAUAGAUGAUCCAUAUGAACCACCCUGUGGCUGUGAGAUAGUAUUACAGCUGAAAGGAAGUGAGUGUAAGUCUCCUAAAGAUAUGGCAGAGAUAGUGAUAUCCUAUUUGGAGAAGAGUGGACACCUGAAGGCCUGACUUUGCUUUAGAGGGUCAUUUCUUUUUUUGUUUGCUUUAAUGGGGUUUUAAAGGUCCUUUCUUGUAGCCUGUAGUUAAAUCGAGUGUUGUAUAUUUUAGCACAUAAAAAGUUGUUCCUUCCAGUUGCUGCAAGGAAAUCAUCGUUUCCUGCAUAUCUGCUUCAGGACUAAAUCAAUAAGGUGAAGCCAUAAGGAAGGGCUUAGAAGUUGGUGCUGAUUGUUAUAUGACAUAGUGAGAAAGGAUUUAGUGUAUGUGAUUUUGUAUUUUUUAGUCAAUAUUGGUCUAUUUUGAAUGUAUAGCACCAUGUAGGUGUAAUAUGCAACUAGGGAGUUCUUACUCUUAAGAUUUCUGUGUGGUACCGAUUGCUGGUAGUACUGCAAGGGGAUUCAGAAUUCAGUUUAUAUUGAGAUACAUGAAAUGACCCAGUAAAUUAUUCUUCAAAGUUAA